CACGCCCAUUGUAAAUCAGGAUUUAAGAAAAAUGUGCUCGAAGCUAGUAACUGCUCUCUAUUGCGUAUAUAUAAAUAUUCUGUAACUGUAUUCAUAAAAUUGUAAGAGGAAGUAAAAAUGGGAAAAGGAUUUAAUAAUUACAUGUGCAAGAAGUUUUUCCACCCAGCAUCACGAGAUAAUUUAAAACGAGUAUGGAUGGCAGAACAACAAGCAGAAGCUUAUAAGAAGAAACAGGAAGAACUGCGAGUACAAUAUGAAAAAGAACAAGAUCUUCAUAAUAAUAAAGCAUUACUGAGCAAAGAAAGCAAAGAUAAACUUAGUGUAAAUUUCAUGUAUGAACCACCUCCUGGAGCAAAAAAAGAAAGAGAGAAGGAAGACAAUGAACCUGAAUACAAGUUUGAGUGGCAGCGGAAGUAUAAUGCUCCAAGAGAAAGUUAUUGCAAAGGGGAUAGUGAAAUAAGAGAUCAACCCUUUGGUAUACAAGUAAGAAAUGUACGAUGUAUCAAAUGUCACAAAUGGGGACAUAUAAAUACAGAUAAGGAGUGUCCAUUAUAUAGUCAAGCAAUGAGUGUUGUAAUGGCAAAUAAUAAUUUGCAAGUACCAUCUGCUCCAGAUACUAUGAUACUUGUACAACAAAUGCGAGAAGAUGGUUUGGCUCUAAAAAAAUCUGUGUUGGAUGUACAACAACAUUUACAAAUUCCAGAACAUGAGCAUCUUAUUAUCUCUGAAGAUGAAGAGCAAUCAGAAUUGUCUUUUCUAAAAUUUUUGUCGAAAAAAGAAAAGAAAAAAUUAUUGUUAAAAUUGCGGUUAUUAGAGAAGAAAAAUCACAUGAAAAAGAAAAAUUUGAAGAAAAAAAAAUUUAAUGAUAAAAAAUCUAGCAGUACUAGUGAUACUAAUAGUACUAAUUGUACUAGUGAUACUAAUAGUAGUACUAAUAAUGAUAGCGAUAAUAACAGUAACAGCACAUGCAUCAACAAUGAUUCAGAAGAUUCUCAUUCAAGACAAAGUAAGAAGAGAAAGAAAUCUAACUAUAAAGAAAAAUGUACUCAUAAACAUAAGAAAAAACGAAAUAGCGAUGUACACAAGUAUAAACAUAAAGAGAGAAAUAUCAAAUAUGAGAUAGAUAAUCACUAUGAUAGGAAAAGAAAAAUUAAAUCUGAAGAUAAAAACAGAGAUAAUCUGAAACACAAUUAUAAAAUAAAGAAAAAGCUAGCUCAUUAA